AGAAUUCUGUCAAUCCCGACCAUCAACCAGAAAUCGACAUGUCGGCAAAUGGGCUACUCUCUCUCGCCGGAUGGUAUUUCCUGCCAGGGCCAGCGCCCGGAUCGCCACGCUUCGUUCGCGACCGACGACGCAUCCACAUCUGCGUGAUCGUCAUAUAUCUCCUAUACACGGCAGUGCAGAGCCGCUUCAGGCGAUUGUAAGUGGCAUGCAUUUACACGUACUUCCGCCACCACAAAGCACAACUAACCCACCCACAGAACCGUCCAGUUCCACCCCGACAAAGCCACAGGCCCCGACCGCUCCAACGUCGAAGCAAUCUACUCCUACAGUGGCGGCAAAUGAAGACGAUCCGCGACUACGUCUUCGCCGGCGUGCAAAACAUCGGCACCUACUACAUCGGCACCGGCACCGGCCUCGUCCUGCUCAGCGUGCUGGGCUACCUGCAAACCGGCAAAUUCUGGCGCUACCUGGUCAUGGCCGCCCUGUUCACCAUCGAACUCUACGUCAUGACCAGACCUCAAUUCCCAACAACUCUGAGCAAACUGGUGAACCCCUUCCUCGUCGCGACGAAUCUCCGCCCUCCGUAUCUUCCAUUCCAAAUGCUGGAGCUGCUGCGGAAGAUCGCGGUGACGUUCUUCAUCGCAAUGGCACAGCUGGGCCCGUUGAUGAAGAGCCCGCAAGCACAAGCUCAAGCCGCGCCUUCGGACAGCAGCGUUGUGACGGCCCAGCAAAUCGAUCGGUUGGAAGUGACCCGGCGAUGAAGCCGCUGAGGAAUAGUGUCAAGGAGUGGCUGAUUCAUAAUACGAUCCAGAAUAGUCCUGAGGUUAAGGGUGCUAUGCAGAGCGUUUUCUCGCGGCGACGGGAUGAGGGGAG